UGUAUUUUCAUCAGAAAGAAUUGUUCGGCAAUUACCUGAAAGUAUUGAAUUUUGGAAUAAGUUAAUUAGGAACAUGCUACCAAACAAUCCAAUUAUAAAUAAUAUUGCAGAUAAAAUCGUUGAUAAGAUUGGAGGAUUGAAUAGUUUUAUUGGUGUACAUUCUAGAUUAAGAAGUGGCUUUUUUGUCAAGAGACGAAAUAAUACAGUACAAGGACUCAUCGAAAAAAUUCAAACAGAUUUUAAAGAUGGAGUUUGUUUAACAACAAAAAUAUAUAUGGCAAUAGAUUUAGAGCGAAAUCAUUCUUCCCUUCAACCGCUCUUUAAAACAUUCUCAUGUAUCUACGUACUAGAUGACUUUAAUGAUCUUUUAGAACCUUUAAAAUUUUUAAAAAAUCCUAGAGAUGGUAUGAUCAUGUAUAAAUUUCUAAUACCGUUAGUAGAUUUGAUAGUAGUAUCAAAAGGCAGUAAGUUUUAUGGAACUGAAAAGAGCACUUUUUCAAGUUACGCUAAACGAUUAAAUGAAGCAUGGAUUAGAUGA